GAUGCUCAGCUCACUCACGACCCUCCACAGAAACUAAUCACAAAGGCAUCACCAUGCCCUCUCUCCCCGAGACCUGCACAACAAGCAAACUCUUCCUCGUCUGUUUCACCCACCUCCUCUUAGCUCUCCUCUUCCUCAGCUCCUCCGGUGUUCACGGGGUGGCACUCAGACAGCACAGACUGCAGGGAAGUGAAUCAGACUCCCAGAGAGGAAAUGUCCACCAGGCUCCUAACGUUGACAUGCUCAAAGCCUUGGAGUACAUCGAGAGCCUCCGUCAGAGAACUGACACGGACUCCCAGCAGCACGACCCUCUCUCUGCGGGCUACGACGCCAGCCACGUGGACGAUGCUGAGAAGCUGCGUAUGAUGCUGAGACUGGCUUCUAACCCUGUGCAGAGUAAAGAUGAGGAUGAGGAAGAGGAGGGGAGGGAGGAUAAGAGUGAAGAGCUGCUCCAGGCAGUGCUCAGCACCCUCCAGCAGACGGAAAAGGCGUCAAAGCCAGAGUCACUUCGCCCCGGCGCCGAAGGAGAAGUCACGAGGGACGGCAUGUAUCCCAAGGUGCAGCAGAAGCAACACGGCAUCCUGCUCCACAAGAAGCUGCCGCUAAUGUUUGAGGAUGAGGAAGAGGGUGAGGGGGGUGAGGAAGAUGAAGAUGAGGGGCCAGAUCUGGAGCACGAGAGCCACUUCAAACGCACCAAUGAGAAUGUGGAGGAGAAGUACACGCCUCAGAAUCUGGCAACGCUGCAAUCUGUGUUUGACGAACUGGACAAGCUGACGAGCACGCAGACCGUGCAUAAACGCCAAGAUGAGGAGGACGACAUGGAGGAGGAUGAUGAUGAUGAUGAUGAUGAUGAGGAAGAGGACGACGAUAUGUUUAAUGUGAAGAAUGUGGCGUACGAUGACGUAGGCAGGGAUCUCGCGCUCGACUGGGGUCCGCUACGAGAACAGGAAGAGCAAGAAGAAGAAGAGGAAGAGGAGAGGGACAACAAACAUGAGGCAGACCGUGGGCUUGAUUAUGUUGACGACAAUGAUGAAGAAGACGAUGAGGACGAUGAAGACGAAGAUGAUGAAAGCUACCCAGUCAAGAGGUCAAAAGAUGCAGAUGAUGUCGCCAACCUGGUGGACUACUACCUCCUGAAAGUGCUGGAGAAAACCGAAGCAGAAGAGCAGAAGCGAGAGAUAGAGGAAGAGGAGGAAGAGGAGGAGAAGAAGAGGGCUGAGAGGAGAGUGGCUCAGACGCAGUACAGAGAUAAUAUCAUCCCACAAACCAUCUACGAGUUCAUUCAGAUCUCUCAGAAAUACCAGAUUCCACCUGAAGACCUGAUGGACAUGCUCAGAACCGGAGAAUUGACGAAUCAAGAGCGGUCACGAAAGGUAAACAAAUUAACCAGAGCACAAAACAAGCUCUCUCAGAUAUCCUCAAAGAAGAUACACAAGAUUCCUGAAGCUAAAUUCUACAGCAGACGCCUCCCUGACAGUCAGAAAUCCCCAGAGGAGCUGAGGACAGAAGAAAUCCUCAACAUCCUGGGGUUUGGGGCCACGGAGGACCGAGCUCCCGCCAGGAAGCAGAAGCAGUACAAAAGCCCGCUGUCACGACUUCACACUCUGCCUGUGGGGCGUCCGGGAGAAUCCACUCCCACGCAGCGGCGCCUUCCCGCCACAUUAAAGGACGACUAUGACAACACCAUGGACGAGGAUGAACUGGCGGCGUAUUUAGCGGCUCAGAUGCCGGCGCAGUAUCUGAACCCCGCGUAUGGAAAGGCGAGCCAAAAGCGGGACGAGGCUGGACAGAGCGUGACAGGCUCUUUUGAACAGGCCAUUCAGGAUUAUUUUGAUCACAUGGACUCAGAUAAAAGCCCAAAUGAAAAGAGACAGUCGGAGAGUGGCGAGAGGAGCGGGGGCACGCAAAUGCAAGGCUUUGAAAACGAGGCAGUGAUGAAACUGCUGAGCUACCUGAACCCAGAAACUGAAGACAGUGAUGGCAAAACUGUCUAAAGAAUAUAAA